UCUUUCAGAACCGAACUGAGCGUGAACUGAAAAUACUUGAAAAGAAUUCAUAGUACUAAAAUAAUGAAAUUUAGGAAGUAUUUAAGGGGCAGUGGGAGGGUCUUGGCUUUUGUGUUUAUCGCGUCUGUAAUCUGGCUCCUUUUUGACAUCGCAGCAUUGCGGAUAUCCAUCAUCAAUGAUGUGAAUCAGGAUCUCAAAGAGAGAGAGAUUGUACUAAAUCAGGGAAGGAGGAAAAACAAUGUACAGGAUGUGCUCAAACACCCCCUGCAAAAAGUAAAUAUAGACAAAAAGGAGUUUUUGAAAAACAGCAACAGGUUUGAAAGGAAAGUUGAUAAGGUUUACAGAAAGAGGCCAAUGGCGAGGCCAGAAAAUCAAGCUGAGUUAAAACAAGACAAACAUUUGAACCCAAUGUCUAUGGCUGACAAGUAUUUUGUGAAACAAAAUGAGGUAAUUAAUCAAAGUAAAGUGAAUCUAAUUGUGAACUCACUUGUGAAGGGAACAAUUAUUAGCAUCCCUGAAAAAAUAAACAAGACAAAAACUGUUAUUAAUGGCAAAGUGACGAAUAUAAGCACAAAGAUAAACAAAAUAAAAGCUGCUUUUAAUGGACAGAAAGAUGCAAAUCUAGACGUCAAAGCACAUUUGCUUACUAAAGCACUGCCUGUUGUCCAGGAGAAAGCAUAUCCUCCUGCGCUCAGUGUGAAGAAAGUACAUCAUAUUAAUGACACAGUAGUGAUGCCACAUAAUGAAGUACAUGUAGAUGCAGGUUUACGAAAGAACUUGAGUAAUAAAUUGCUGAAACCAGCAGAGGGUGAUAAACCGAUGAACAUGAUUGAAAAUUCAGAGAAACAUGGCAGUACUUUCAUCAAAACGAAACCACAUAUUAUUCAAAAACCAAGUGAACUUAAGGCUCAGGACCCAGCAGAGGAGGCAUUACGAGUACCGCAGCCUACAAGUGUGCGGGUGAGGAGGUCAGGAGGGCAUCAUAAGGUUAUGGCCCUAGAUGUAACAGACAGGCCCAGAGAUCCCAGGGCUGUGGGACAGUUUGGCCAGCCUGCAAGAGUUCCCAGAGAUAAAGAACUGGAGAGUCAAAGACGCUGGAGUGAAGGAUUUUUUAAUGUAUUCCUGAGUGAACAGAUACCAAUAGACAGAGCCAUCCCAGACACCAGACCUCAAAUAUGUUCGGAAAACCUUGUUCAUGAUGACCUGCCCAGUACCAGUGUGAUCUUCUGUUUUGUGGAUGAGGUUUGGUCCACUCUAUUGCGCUCGGUGCACAGUGUGCUCAACAGGUCUCCUCCACACCUGCUCAAAGAGAUCAUUCUGGUGGACGACUGCAGCACCAAAGACUACCUGAAGGAGCAGUUGGAUGUUUAUAUGUCUCAGUUCCCUAAAGUACAAAUCAUCCGUCUGAAAGAGAGACAAGGCCUAAUCAGAGCCAGAAUCGCAGGGGCCGCCGCUGCUACAGGUGAAGUGUUGACAUUCCUGGACUCUCACGUUGAGUGUAACGUGGGGUGGCUGGAGCCACUGUUAGAAAGAGUUUACCUGGACCACAAGAAAGUGGUCUGUCCUGUUAUUGAGGUCAUCAGUGAUAAGGACAUGAGUUACAUGCUUGUUGAUAACUUCCAAAGAGGCGUUUUCAGAUGGCCGCUGGUGUUUGGCUGGAGUGCACUACCAGAGGAAUAUAUUAGAAAGAACCAGAUCAAGGAUUCAGACCCCAUCAGGUGUCCUGUUAUGGCAGGGGGUCUUUUCUCUAUAGACAAGAGCUAUUUCUAUGAACUGGGGGCAUAUGAUCCAGGCCUGGAUGUCUGGGGUGGGGAAAAUAUGGAAAUCUCUUUCAAGAUCUGGAUGUGUGGAGGCGAGAUUGAAAUCAUCCCCUGCUCACGUGUCGGCCACAUCUUCCGUGGUGAUAACCCUUACAAGUUCCCUAAAGAUCGUGUGAAGACAGUGGAGAGAAACUUGGCCAGGGUUGCAGAGGUGUGGCUGGAUGACUAUAAAGAGCUGUUUUAUGGCCAUGGCUACCACCAUCUGCUGGACAAAAGUGUGACUGAUAUAGGAAAUCUGACAGAACAGAUUGAGCUGAGAAAAAAUCUUAAGUGUAAAAGCUUUAAAUGGUACUUGGAGAAGGUGUACCCAGAUCUGGACGCCCCUCUGGUCAAAGCAGAAGGACUGAUUUUCAAUGUUGGAACCAGAAAAUGUUUGGUAUUUCAAAAUGACAUUUUAUUUUUCGAUAAAUGUGAUCUCGCAAAUAAGAGUCAACACUUCAGCUACACCUGGUUAAGGAUACUUCGACAGAACACUUCCUGUUUGGCUCCUCAGGAAAAACAGAUUAUCAUGGAACAAUGUGACAACACAAAGCCACAUCUCCGCUGGAUGCACAAGUCUGGUAAAGUUUUGAUGGAGCAUGUGAUGAUGGACGGUCAUUCCCAACCCAUUUGCCUGGAAGCUGGAGUUAAAGCCGACAGCAUCUUCCUUAAGGACUGUGAUCCUAUCAAUACUUUUCAGAAAUGGCAGUUUACACACUACUACGCUGAGUGAGGUGCUCCAGAAUAUCACUCACAUAUUGUCCAUAACAACUUUCACCUCUGUGCAUAGAUUUGUAAUUUUGUUUUUGUUUUUGUUGUUGUUUUUUUAAUAGCAUAUGUGUGGUUUGAUGAGAGUGUACUUUAUGCACUUUGUAUAAUACAGAUAUGGUUUUUGACAUUCUGAAUCAUAAGGGUUUGAGGUUCACAUCAGGGAAUCAGGUCUUCUUUUUUGCAUAAUCCAGGUUAUUUGUAUUUUAUGAUUUGCUUGGGAAAUACUGGUAUGGAUAGCAAAUGAUACACAGGAUUUUCUACAACAAAAAACAUUUUGAAGUACCCUUAUGAUAUUUUCACAAUAAAGUUCUUGUUCCU